GCGCUGGUGGCGACGUGGCCGGAGGUCGGGUAUCGGGGGACGCGCCGCUGCCACAAGGAUGAUCACGGACGUACAGUUGGCAAUCUUUGCCAAUAUGCUGGGGGUAUCACUAUUCCUCCUCGUUGUCCUGUACCACUAUGUUGCUGUUAACAAUCCUAAGAAGCUAGAGUGAUGUAAUAUCACAAAACCAUUAUAUUUACCAGUGUGACAAUUAGGACCAAUCAAAUUGGAAGAAAAGAUGGAAGCUUGUUUAGCAGAUGAAAGAAGAUCCACAUUGGAUUUUACCAAUUCGUCAUUCAAAUAAAACAACUGCAUUAGUGUGCUUUGUACUGAAAAAUGUGCCUUGUCAAUAAAUAUUGAAUUUGUUGGAA